CAAGUCAAACUACGUCAAAAUUAUUAUAAAAUUUAUUUUAGUUGUAAAUAAAAUGUGAGAAGUGUUUGCCACGAUUGUGUACACAAUGAAUUCGAAUUCGAAUCGUCUUUGUAACCCGACUCGCGAAUGAUGAGGAUGAGGCAAGGAUAAUCCAAAAUUUUCAAAUUAUUUUACCAUAACAUAUUGUUUAUAAAAAAUUAACAAAAAUGGACAUAGCCAAAUCCUUAUUUCGGGACAGAGACCACGAAGGGUACGAUGGAAAAGAAGACCACAACAAAAGGGAAUUAGAAAACGCGAUAGCAGACAUUGUUGAAGGUGAUUCAUUCAUUGAAAACUUCGCUGAUGGAUUAAACGUGAACGAUAUGUUGACACCCAGCCCGGGUGGGCCGUUUUCUGCCUUAACACCCUCAAUGUGGCCCCAAGAUUUGAUGGCUAAGCUGUCUGUUGUGCCAGAAGACCCAAAUUCCCAGCCCGAAUACAGAUUUGAUGAGUUCGGAUUUCGCGUCGACGAGGAGGACGGUCCUGAACAAAAUUCCAAUAAACUUCUAGGCAUUCCAUUUGUUGAGGAUCCACAACAUAGGUUACAAUGGGUGGCACAUUUGGAAUUUUCUCAUAAUAAGGAAGUGUCUGAUUUGACAUGGGACAAAGUUGAAGUAAGACUGCCAAGAACUGAUAAACUUUUAACUAUGGUUAGAUCUGGUAUACCUCAUUCAUUGAGACCUCAAAUGUGGAUGAGAAUGUCUGGAGCAUUAGAGAAAAAACAACAGUCUGAACUGAGCUACAAGGAUAUUGUCAAAAUGUCCAGCAAUGAUUCACUGAUGACUUCGAAACAGAUUGAAAAAGACUUAUUACAUACAAUGCCGACAAAUGCUUGCUAUAGUAAUAUUAACAGCACAGGAAUUCCUAGACUAAGGCGAAUUUUAAGAGGAAUUGCUUGGCUUUAUCCAGAUAUUGGAUAUUGUCAAGGCAUGGGAAUGAUAGCAGCAUCUUUAUUGCUUCUAUUGGAAGAGGAGGAGGCGUUCUGGAUAAUGGUCACAAUAGUGGAAGACCUUCUACCAGCUUCUUAUUACAGCUCAACACUUUUAGGAAUUCAAGCAGACCAAAGGGUACUACGCACAUUAAUCGGAAAUUAUUUGCCAGAAAUAGAUGAAACGCUCAAAAACCACGACAUAGAACUGUCCUUGAUAACAAUGCAGUGGUUCCUAACACUAUUUGCUAGUGUGGUUCACAUGAAGAUCUUGCUGAGAAUUUGGGACUUGUUUUUCUUUGAAGGCUCAAUUGUUUUGUUCCAAAUCACGCUCAGUAUGUUGAAAAUGAAGGAACCGCAAAUUAAACAGUUAGAAAACGCCGCUCAGAUUUUUAACGCUCUGGCCGAUAUUCCCGGUGAAGUGGAUGAUGUAGAAAAAUUGUUGGAGGUUUCCCUCCAACUGACAAACUCCCUGAAUGAGGUGAUGAUAGAGACAUACAGAAGACGACACUUGGCAUACCUGAUGGCGGACCAAGGAACGCUGGUCGGUAACCCGGAAGCAGCCCCUAAUCUCCCCAAACAGCACUUGGCAAGGCGGCAAAUCAAAAAGAACAAGUCGGUGAUCCAGCUGCUGCUGUUCAACGAGAACAACGAGGACGACAUAAAAUCGAAGAACAUCAAACAGACGGAGAUCCUGGUGGACUUGCGGGAGGCUAUCUUGCAGAUAUCCCGUCACUUUUUACAAAUGGAUCCGAAAUUGAGUUCGGAAAUAUCGUUGGUGGCCGACUAUUCGAUGGAGAGCCACGCUCAGGACCACGCCAACUACAUCAACGUGUCGAAGAACAGGAAGCGCAGGGCGAAGGCGCUGCUGGACUUCGAGAGGCACGACGACGAUGAGUUAGGGUUUAGGAAAAACGACAUUAUAACGAUAAUAAGCCAAAAGGACGAGCAUUGCUGGGUCGGCGAGUUGAACGGGCUGCGAGGAUGGUUUCCGGCCAAGUUUGUUCAGUUGUUGGAUGAAAGAAGCAAACAGUACAGCAGUGCUGGAGAUGACAGUAUAUCAGAGACUGUGACUGAUUUAGUUAGGGGCACUCUAUGUCCUGUUAUAAAACAAGUACUGGAACAUGGGAUGAAGAGGCCUAAUUUUUUAGGUGGUCCAUGUCACCCAUGGUUGUUCAUAGAAGAAUCUGCAACAAAAGAAGUGGAAAAAGACUUUAAUUCAGUAUACAGUAGAUUAGUACUGUGUAAAACUUAUAGACUGGAUGAGGAUGGUAAAGUUCUCACUCCAGAGGAGUUGUUGUAUCGUUGCGUUCAAGCAGUCAAUUUAACUCAUGAUAAUGCACAUGCUCAAAUGGAUGUGAAGCUCAGGUCUCUUAUAUGUAUGGGUUUAAAUGAACAGGUACUGCACUUAUGGUUAGAAGUAUUGUGUUCAUCAAGCGAAGUCGUCCAAAAAUGGUAUCACCCAUGGUCGUUUGUAUAUAGUCCUGGAUGGGUACAAAUAAAAUGUGAUCUGCGAAUUUUAUCUCAAUUGUCCUUUAACUUGAAUCCUGAUUGGGAACUGCCAGUUAAAAAGGAAUCAAACAAUCAACCACUGAAGGAUGGUGUCCGUGAUAUGCUAGUAAAACACCAUCUCUUUAGUUGGGAUAUUUAAUUUAAAAACAAACGCCUUUAAAAAGUUUCCUUUAACAUCGGCUUUAAAUGUAAGAUACAAAUAAAUUAUUUUUCUAAAGAUACUAAAUAUUUAUUGAAGCGUGACUUCUUAUAAUUGUCCAGUAUGUUUCAAUUUACAAAUAAUGCACUUUUGUGAUUAAUUAAAGCUAAAAUUAUUUAUUUUAUUUAUCACAAGAGAUAAAUUAACUAUGGUUUUGCUGUUGUAAUAAAAUCUAAGACUAA